AUGAUAAGUGCGGAGCGAGUGAACGAGGAGAGGCGGGAGACACAGGAUGAAGUCAUGGCUCUCAUGCAUGUCCUCGCUCUGUGUGUCACUCUGGGACUGAGAAAAGGACGGAGACCGCUGCAAAAAAAAGCCCAGGUCAGCUGUGACAAGGAGAGCUGCCAUUAGCCAAAGGCACAAAGAACAACUGACGAGAGAGAGAGAGAGAGAGAGAGAGAGAAACAAACCUCCCUCAGAGUGACAAACUGUAUUUUUUAAGUCUUCUGUUUGAAAUUUCCGGCAUUCGAAGGCAGCACAAAGGAUUUGUUUUGUUGUUUGGUGCUGUUGUUACUCGACUCCUUUGGGAACAGAUCAGUCUAGUUCACUUUACACUCCAUGUAGGCGGCGCACAUGCAACAGAGACGGAGAACAUAUUUGAGACUCGAACGCUGUUUGUCUAAAGAUGCUCUGUCAGAAAAGACGCCUCUCAUUCUGUGAGAUGUAAUCCAAACUUUGAGGAGAAAAAAGGAAACCGGGUUACAAGGUUGCUCAGCAGGGGGAAACUGUCUGUGCUUACCAAGCAAAAUGCCCUUGUCAUUUUCCAGUAGUAAAUUGGUAUGUGCUAGCUGGCGCUGAUGACAGGACUUGGCUGUUUUCUGCCUUUACAGGCAUGAAUGGCCCUGUAGUAGCCGGGCACAGUGCAGCGGUUCAACAAGGCCUCUUUAACCAGCUGAAUGACAGGCGAGCAGACGGGCAGCCAGCCAACCACAGACAUUCGGCUCUGGCUGCUGUACUGAUGCCAAUUCCACCAGACCAGGGCGACCAUGUGACCGGGGAGGAAGGCAGAAAAAGACGGGGGGAGAAGUGAAAUCUAUGAGCGCAUCAAGGGUUAGGUCAGCGGGCUGAGUCUCCCAUUGUUGCAGAGAUCCCAAUUUGACUCUUUAAACAGUUUUUGUUGUCUUUUUUGUUACUGCGGGGAGUCCAUGAAUGUGCAGCUUGUUGCCUUGUUAAACUUUAAAUGUCACUGUCCACAGCCUGGAGCGUUGCGUCAGUGGCCCUUUGCACUCUUAGCUUUGUGGAAAUCACUGUGCAAACUGAGGGGAAACUCAGCACCGGUAUGACACAGCAUGGAGGAAUGCACCAGCGGAUGUGGCUCUCUCUCUCUUUCUUUCUCUCUCUCUUUCUCAGUCAACCCCGUCUUCUCCUCCUCCUUCUGCUGUGGGCAGGUCCAUAUACACCCAGUAAUUAUCAAGGUUAUUUUCUCCAGAGGGCCAAAUCCCUGUUUAUGGGCAUGAGCGUGUGUCACAGGGCCCACAGGACGCUGACUCCGUCGGUAACCCCAAAGAAAAAAAAAAAAACCUCAGCUUUAUCGACGCUGUGGUGCAGAUCUCUCUUUGCUUUUGCUCCUGUUUUUUUUUUUUUUCUUUAAAUGUGAUUUUGGUAGCUGUGUCAUGACCUCAAGUGAGACAGCAAGAAUGAUGUUUUGUGUGAGUCUUCACCUCAGUUAUUUCUGGAAACCACCGACUUUACAAAGAGUUUCUUGCAGCAAAGAGAAAUAUUAAUACCCAGACAGUGAACUCAAAAAAUAGCUGGGAUGUUUUUGAUUUGAAUCUGUGUUUUUAUCCAGACAUGAGCUUUAGGAGUGUUUUAUGUUAGCUCUAAAAAAACUGUAAUUUUCUGCUAUUUAUGGUCGGUUUCAGUCAGUUCCAGACGCUCUGGAGAACUGUGACCAUGAGCUGCAGCACAGAGGAAAGUAAGUGGUUGACAAGUCUGGUAAAAUAAAACAAUGCUAACUAACCCAGCUCCAUGCUAACUAUUAAAGUAGUUAAUUAGAGGCAAACAGGAGGUAGCUCUGUCUCUGAAUGAGUCUCAGAGAAGGUUUGUUCUCGUGCUACAGCAGGCUUGUGAGCAAACAAGAGCCUGGAGCAGCCUGAAUUACAAGCUCAAAAGUAAAUCUGCAUGUAACAAACUGUCAGACAGGGUCAGCACACACACACAUAUACACACACAGACACACAAAACACACACCAAAAAACUGGCUGCUCCCUCCACAAAAGCUGCUUCCUCCCCGUUUCAUCACGCAGGCCGGGCUUUGUUAGCGUGCGGAAAUGCCUCCAGAGGGAAUGAAAAUACUGGCAAGUCCCUGCAGCUCUUUCUGGAGAGAGACGCUGGGGGAAAAGAGACGGGUCCUGCAGCUGCAAGAUCACACACUUCACACACGCAAACCACGCACACAUGUGUGCCAAGUGCCCGUGUAGGUGGAGGGCUCAGGUUACGCACGGAGAUAACCGUGUUAACCUAAAGAACAUAAACACUGGUGUGGGGUUACGGCGCUGUCAGGAAGCUAACGCUGAGGGUACAGAAUCUAAUGUUGGACUCAUGGUGACACGGCUGCCACAAAAUUAUAGGUGAUGUCUCUGUGAACGCUUAUAUCGUUGCUACAAAUCAAGGGGUUUUCCAGCUUAGGGAUUACAUUUGAGGAAUUAGGUAACCCUGCCUCCUCGAGUCGUUAAAUCUUAAAAAUAAUGUUGUGUUCAGGGUUCGAAAAGCAGUCACAGAAAGGUCAAAACAGCCGAGAUAUCUGCAGUGACACCCUCAUCUGUGCAUCUAUCUUUCCAGGAAUGAUCAGAUCACGCAGGCAAUCGAGUAUAAUAACCAGAGCAACCUGGAGAUCAUGCAGAACUUCUCACUGCACCACCUGAGCAGCUAUUUUGUGCAAACUCUCAAGCUCUGUGAAAACCAGCGAGCCAAUGCACAGCCUCCUACCUAA